ACAUCAUAGUUGUAGUAGGUCCCUGUGUUACAUUUUGGGAUUCUUUUUAGAUCACUGGUGUUGAUUAUAGUCACUGUAAGAAGAAGCGGGAUGUCACACUAAUAGUGUGACAUCCUGCUUCUUGGAGCGGAAGUUGGAAGUACAGUUCGUGGCAACACUUCACUCAACCACUUUGGAGGCUUUCGCUCUUUUUUCGUCACCAUUCUCAUCCUAACUACCGCUUUCCACUCCCCGACACGCUUUAAAAGCGCAAUUUUUGUCCAAAUGAAUGUGGGUUUCCAAACUCGAUCGCUGUGCCUCAACUGAGUCGGACACUUUGAGCGGGAACUUUAAAGUAGGGCGAGCGGAAGCUAGCCGUCUCGUAAAUCGAGUCGGCGAUGAGCGUGUUGUCACGUGUGGACGUGACCCGGACUCGGUCCUCGACCAAGACUUGUCCUGACGCUGGGCCGGGUACUUCCCCGGUCCGUUUGACGAUCCAGAAGGUGAGCGGCGAGCACCAGCGAAGUUUCGGACGCGCAAAGCUAGGACGCAAAUCGCACGGCGGAGCUCCUCGUCGCACUCUGGCUGGCUCGCAACACGGUCGUGACCUCCUGACCUCCCAUUUUGAGCCAGGGUCUCGAGGGGUCGUUUUGGCGGCUCUCCAGCAGCGCUCUCAUAGCGCCUCCCAGAGGCGGAAAGUGAAAGUUCAGCUGUUAGAACCACAGCAGAGGAACAACAACAACAGCAGCAGCAGCAGCAGCAGCAGCUCCAGCAAUGCGGCAGGGGGACACAAGGGGGCGCAGUCGCUGUCUUGCAACCUAGGAGACAACUUAAGUACAAAGAAAAAGGACCACAUGGGUGUAGGUGUGUGUCAGCAGGUGGACACCAUUGACAGAGACGACUGGGCCAGCAGGAUGGAGGCGGUCCACCGUCGCCAGUUGGAGCUUCAGAAUCAGCUGCUGCAGUCGGCUCUCAGUAUUGUCGCACGCUGCACGUCCUCCAACCAGGAACCGCCUGCCGUUCAGCAGGUGGACCCUGCUGAGGCCCUUAUCAAACCGUCAACGAGGACCAGUGUGGAGUCUGACACGGUUACCAUGGGAACACACACAGACCACACCAGGUGUGUGAUUGAGCGCCGCCGCGCCCGAGUGGUUUCCGUGGCAACCCAAGCCAACGACAGUCCGGCGGCGCCGGCGCACGCAGAGAGCGAAGCCCCCCCGCCGCCGCCGCCGUCCGCGUUGGAGGAGGCCCGCCGGCUUCUGCGCCGGCUUCGGCGGCACAAGAAAAUUCUGGACGACAAUCUGGAGACGGCGGAGAGGGCCCGCGGCGGCGAGCUUCUGCGCUGCCAGCUGGAGGCUCUGGCGGCUAACAGCGAAUGGAGCCAGCGGGCUCGCGUCAAGAAGACGGUGGACGCGUGGAUACACCUGAUGGGCAAAGACGCUGGUCCGCUUCCGACUCCCUCGCCCAAGGUCCCGGCCAGAAUGGUUGGGGGGGCGGCCGAGCGCGGACCUGCGGCGCCAUCGGCCCGGCCGAGAUCGGCAGUCAAGGCGCUCGGCGGGACAACAAGUGGGAGGCCGCCGGCGGGGAGAGGACAGAGAAGCCGAGCGCCCGCCCCCGAGCGGGUACCCGCCCACUUGCUCGGAUCUCUGCACGCCCGUGGCCAGCGCCCGGCGUGCUCGAUGCCCCGGGGGGGGGCGCCCGGGCCCGACGAAUCCUACCUGACGCGCCUGUACGGGAGAGCGCCGCGCAAGGCGCCCACGCCGACGCCAGGCAUUGGGAGGAGCCCGCCGCUUCGCUUCAAUUUGACGGCGCCGCCCGUCAACAGGAAGCCACGCCCCCAGGCGCUGGACGCCGCCAAAGGCGCCACGACGAAAGCGGCGCCGCGCCGAUCCUCCCGCCCCCCCUCCGCCGAAUCCGACGACCUUCCCCGCCAAGGUUCCCUGGCCAAGGUUCCUUCGCCGUCUGUGGCCAUCCCGCUCGCGCGUCCGAGGAUAGGCCCCUCCCCCGGGUGUCGGCGCGGCGAGUCCUCGCCUCCUGUGGCAUUUUCACUUCUGGCCCACGCGGAGGCGGAGCAGGAGACGCCCGAGCGAGCCGCGGCGGGGCCUCCUCCCGCCCCAGAUCCUCCCUCCCAACCAAGUCCCGCACCCCCGGAGGAGGACCGGGAGCUCGCCGACGACGAAGGACUCGAGGUGGAACCCGACUCGCCCGAGGCUCUGGAGCGAGAGCAAGCGGAGCCGCCAGAUGACGGCGACGCUGCGGAAACGGUUGCUAGGGAGAGCCGGGACGAGCCGGAUGAAGGCGGCGAGAUCCCCGGGAGGGACUUCCUGUCCAUGGCCGAUGCGGUACUGACCACGUCGAACGCCCAGGAGGAGUCUGCCGGGGGCGAGGGAGCGUUUGACCGGGACGGCGAUCCGUCUCCUCCUCUGCUCGUCUACCGGGGGCCGCUUGGCCCGGCCGAGGACGGCGGCGCCGUGCCCCCCCCUCCUUGUGGCUCGCCGCCAAACCUGGACGACCGCACGCUGGACCGAAUGGUGCAAUGGUUGGAGCGGCAGCUGAUGGCGAGAAUGAUUCGCGGGCGGUCCCCGCCUCCGCCCCCUGCGCCCCCCGAGCCCAACGAGCAGUCGGACGCCGAGGACCCGAGUCCGGCCUCAAGCGUUGCGGAGGCGGCCAGCGGCGGAGCUCUUCCGUUCUUGGCGGACGCCGGCGUUCAAGUGGACUCGCCUUUCGUCAAGGAGCUGCUGAACGAGGUUUUGUCCGAGAUGGUGGACCAGGUGCUGGCUCCGAGGGAGCCGCCGCUUCCGGGACCUGCGCCCGAUCGGGGACCGAAUCCCAGCCCAGGGGGGCCUUCUUCCUUCCAGGAGAAAAGUGUUCCCGUGGUGGCCACACCUGUGCCCACCCCGCCUCCGAAUCCCGUUGCGUCCAUCCAAGAGCCCCUCCCUCUCUGCACGCCCACGCCGUCUGAAGCAACCAGCUUGCCGAUGGACGAUUCCCCGCCGCCGAGCGUCGCGGCCCCUCCAGAGCCCGUAGCCACGCCCAUCCCGAGCCCCGAAGCAAGCCCCCCCGCGGAAUUUCCCUCUUCGGAAGUGGCCGACGCGCCGUCCUCGGGGAAAGCCGGCCUGCCGUCGGACGACGAGGAAGAGCACCCGGACGGCCGCUCGCGAGCGCAAGUGGAAGAAGCCGUUGGCUCUCCUCCGCGCGCCCCCUCCCCCGCGGCCCCCCCUCCUCGGGACGAUCCAAAGUCUCCCUCCUCCGCUUCUGAUGACGCCACCAGCACCGCCAGCAGCUCGAACGGCAGCACGGUGACCGGAAGCGAGACGGGCCUCAAAGCCGUCUCGGAAGGAGAACUGCUGAUCAGCUUCCAGCACGUGGAUGCCGCCACGGAAGCGGACACUUCCUCCGGUUCUCUUCAAGAUGAGGACCUUGAGCCCCCCAGUGAAGGACAGGUCAAAGUGCACAUGCUGGAGACGGCGCACACGCUCCGAGGAGAGAGAUCACUGGAGGAGGAGGAGGAGCUAAGCUCGGGGGAAGUGACGGACUCGAUCGCGCCUCAACCAGAUGGAAAAAUCAAUCGCUUUGGAGAGGCCAUUUUGAAACCGACCAAUGGCGGCGUCGACUUUGACCCGACUCCGUCGGCCAGUCCCGUGCCGACCUCCGACCUCCAAAGUGAAGCCUCUCAGGUGUUGCCGUUCAGAAGGUCGAGCCCACAAGCAGGCCAGCCGGAAGUGAGCGUCACAACCUCGGCGCCCCCCGAGAAGAUGUCGCCCUCCUCAGAAGACUCGAGCGAUUUCUUCUAACGUACCGUCGAGGCCGCGAAGGCCCGCUGAUGACGUUUGACAAUGUGGCGAUUGCGGCCGGCUUUAGGACCCUGCAGCCAGCCUCAUCGGGGGGGGAGGCGGGGGGCGGUAUACCCGGAAAGGUAUUACGCUUCAGGAAGUAGUUUUCUACCACAAUAAAAUGUGGGUCAUGUCUUUAGAAUGGACAUUGUUGAUUUUUAAUGAGUCAUUUUUAAUCAUUUCUUACGAAUAGCAAUAAAGAUGGAAUUAUUUCAA